CGCAUCUCCGUCUUGAAUUUUGGUACUGUCAUCAACCAAUUUCAGAUACCGUCAAUGCAUUUCGAUUUCAGAUCAGAGGAUUGGAAUAUAAUUGAAGGAAUGUGUUCGGUUUUUAUUUUUGAUGUGAGUGCUGAUUGAUCCCACUUAGAAGAGUGAUGAUAUCAAGUUCUAUUUUGUGUAUUUUUAUUCGAUUUGAGUGUUUGAUCGAAUGAUAAUUAGGUCAAGGUGAAUUUGGGAUCAGUUUGGCUCAGUUGCUUUUGAGUUUGCGAUACCAUUUUCGAGAGAAACUAAAAGUGAUUGAGAUGGAAGGGAAUGAGAACACCGAGUCUGCAGCCAAAGGUGGAAUGUGGGAUUUGCAGCAGAAGUUUGAUCAGCCCAUGGAUGAAGAGGCUAGCAGGCUCAAGAAUAUGCACACAGAAAAGAGAUGUUCUGCAAUGCUGCUUGUGCAACUUGCAUUUCAAAGUCUUGGCGUUGUCUAUGGAGAUUUGGGAACGUCUCCCUUAUACGUAUUUUACAAUACAUUCCCUAAAGGAAUUGAUGACACUGAGGACGUUGUUGGUGCACUUUCCUUGAUCAUAUACUCUCUUACACUUGUGCCACUCAUCAAAUAUGUUUUCAUCGUUUGUCGUGCAAAUGACAAUGGUCAAGGGAGUGGAACGUUUGCUCUUUACUCACUAUUGUGUCGGCACGCAAAAGUUAAAACAAUCCCUAAUCAACAUCGAACAGAUGAGAAGUUGACAACAUAUAGUCUUACCCCAAUUAAUGAGAACUCAGUUGCUGCAAUGACCAAGAGAUGGUUGGAAGCGCAUGCUUUAAAGAAGAAUGCACUUCUUGUACUUGUCCUUGUCGGUACUUGCAUGGUCAUUGGAGAUGGAAUUCUAACUCCUGCUAUUUCAGUUUUAUCGGCCGCCAGCGGUAUCAAGGUAGCCCACCCGGUGAUGAGAAAUGAUGUUAUUGUAGUUGUUGCUGUUUGCAUACUAGUAGGUUUGUUUUGCCUCCAACAUUAUGGUCCUGAUAAAGUUGGAUGGUUCUUUGCUCCAAUUGUAUUGCUUUGGUUUCUCUUAAUCGGAGGAAUUGGAAUUUUCAACAUUUUAAAACACGACACAAUGGUGUUGCGGGCCUUUUCUCCCAUUUAUAUAUUUUGGUAUUUUAGAAGGAGAGGAGAAGAUGCUUGGACUUCACUUGGAGGGAUCAUGUUGAGUAUUACAGGGACGGAGGCAUUAUUUGCUGAUCUUGCCCAUUUUCCGCAUUCAGCAAUCCAGCUUGCAUUUACAACUGUUGUGUUCCCUUGCCUUCUUCUAGCCUAUUGCGGACAAGCAGCCUACCUCAUGAAAAACAAGGAACAUGUGUACGACACAUUUUACCACUCUAUCCCAGAAGGUAUAUACUGGCCAAUGUUUGUUAUCGCAACAUUAGCUGCCAUUGUCGCAAGUCAGGCUUCUAUAUCUGCUACAUUUUCAAUAAUUGAUCAGGCAUGUGCCCUUGACUGUUUCCCCCGAGUGAAGGUAGUUCAUACAUCAAGGAAGUUUCUUGGGCAGAUAUACGUUCCAGAUAUCAAUUGGACCCUUAUGAUUCUUUGCAUUCUUGUAACAACUAGAUUCCAAAAUCAGAGUCAAAUUGGUAAUGCUUAUGGCACGGCAGUUGUUGUAGUCAUGCUGGUGACGACCCUCCUGAUGAUAUUAAUCAUGCUACUAGUAUGGCGUUGUCACUGGAUACUCGUCCUCAUCUUCACAAUCUUAUCGCUGGUGGUGGAAUGCACUUAUUUCUCGGCAGUCCUCUGCAAGAUCGAUCAGGGAGCAUGGGUCCCUCUUGCGAUUGCAGUUGUGUUUCUUGUCAUCAUGCAUGUAUGGCAUUACGGCACAGUGAAAAGGUAUGAGUUAGAGAUGCAAAGUAAGAUCUCGUUGGCAUGGAUUCUUAAUCUUGGUCCAAGCUUGGGGCUCGUCCGUGUUCCUGGGAUAGGACUCGUGUACUCGGAGCUAGUAAGUGGGGUCCCACGAAUCUUUUCGCAUUUCAUCACCAAUCUACCGGCCAUCCAUUCCGUAGUCGUCUUGGUGUGCAUCAAGUCCCUUCCGGUUUACACAGUCCCUGAAGAGGAAAGAUUCUUGGUGAAACGACUCGGGCCGAAGAAUUAUCAUAUGUUCAGGUGUGUUGCAAGGUACGGAUACAAAGAUCACAAGAAAGACGACGAGUUUGAGAAGAAACUGCUCGAUAGCGUCUUCCUGUUUGCAAAACUAGAGUCGUUGAUGGAUGCAAGCUCUGAUUCGGAUGAGUACAGCUUAUACGGGCAAGAAACCAUUAGUUCUACUAAGGACACGUUUUCAUCUGUUGUUGAUAUCACGGUUUCUUCAUGGAGUGAGUCGUCGGUUAGUAGCGAGGUGGGGGCGGACGAGAUGGCGUUUUUGAAGAGUUGUCGGGAUGCCGGGGUGGUGCACAUAAUGGGAAAUACAAUUGUGGAAGCAAGGAGGGAUUCAGGGAUUUAUAAGAAGAUAUGUAUUAAUUACUUGUAUGCAUUUUUGAGGAAGAUAUGCAGAGAGCAAAGUAUCAUCCUUAAUGUUCCUCGCGAGAGCCUUCUGAAUGUUGGCCAGAUUGUUUAUGUCUAAUUUAAAGCGGAUCAAAGGCUUGU